GCAACGGAGGGGUUAAGACAAACUCAGGCUUGUGAUUGGCUGCCGGCCGGCGGUCUGAUCCAGCCUACAGAAAGAGGUAACCAGGCAACCUCAGAGAGGGAGAGGAAAGAAGAGGGGGCAGAGGACCGGGGAGUAAAAAAAGAAAAGAAAAGAAAAAAGAAGAAGCGCUGGCUUACUUUUGUGAGAAUUGUGGAAAAAGAUGUAACAAAGCUGGGAAGUGCUCUCCCCGGAAUGGAAGACUGGAUUAGAGUCCCUGCUGAAGCACGCUGUGGAUGUCUCAGGAAACCAGGAGCAGACUCAGGGAUGACUGGAUUCUAAAAGCCUCGCUUGGAAAUGGGAACUAACUGUGCUCACUUUCGCUGUAGUGCAAAGAUCUCUCUGGGUGUGUGUGGGAUGUUGUGUCAGGGCUGAAACCCAUCCCUCUCCCAUGAGCCUGUGUGCCCACGCACACACACGGCGCCUCGACGCACACACUCGGCGCCCACGCACACACAGCCGGCACUGACGCUGUGAACUGGACCCUCGGAGCCCAGCGGAUCCCAGCCGAGCCAAGAGGAGCCGAGUCUAGUCCACUUGGAGCCUGAGGAUGUCAACAGAGACAGAACUGCAGCCAGCGGUCAGGCCCAGCAGCGUGAGACGGGACUCCAAGAGGAAAGGGCAAGAUCGCAGUGAGGCAGCUCUCAUCAGGCGCUUUAAGGGCGAUGGCGUCCGCUACAAGGCCAAACUCAUCGGCCUGGACGAGGUCACUGCCGCCCGCGGAGACAAACUCUGCCAGGACUCAAUGAUGAAGCUCAAGGGUGUAGCUGCAGCAGCACGGUCUAAAGGGGAACACAAGCAGAAGGUGUUUCUCACUGUUUCAUUCGGAGGGAUCAAGAUCUUUGAUGAGAAGACGGGGAUUCUUCAACACCACCAUGCAGUCCAUGAGAUUUCCUACAUUGCCAAGGAUAUCACGGACCACAGAGCCUUUGGCUACGUCUGUGGGAAGGAGGGGAAUCACCGCUUUGUGGCCAUCAAGACCGCACAGUCGGCUGAGCCAGUGAUUCUGGACCUGCGGGACCUGUUCCAGCUCAUUUAUGAGAUAAAGCAGCGGGAGGAGAUGGAGAAGAAGGCCCAAAAAGACAAGCAGUGUGAGCAGGCGGUCUACCAGACAAUCCUGGAGGAGGAUCUGGAGGACCCGGUCUACCAGUACAUUGUGUUUGAGGCGGGACACGAACCCAUCCGUGACCAAUCAGAAGAGAGCAUUUAUCAGGUUCCCACCAGUCAGCAGAAGGAGGGGGUCUAUGACGUCCCCAAACGACACCCAAAUGGACAUGAAAACACCCCCCACCACCACCACCACCAUCAUCAUUAUCAUGAACAACCUCUCCAUCGAGAGCCGAGAGAGCAGCAGCAGAAGCAGCAGGCAGUUGCAGAUCUGAUAGACUUAGACCUGGAUGUAGUGACUCAGAAUAUCAGCCAAUUAGAGAUUUUCGGAGACAUGUCCACACCACCUGACAUAACCUCUCCAUCGACCCCUGCCUCCCCCGCCAACACCCUGGACCCCUCACAGGGCCUGCAGCCUCCCGCCGAACUGUUUGCUCCCUUCAAUCCCGCGUCUGUGCCCUCGGGUUACGUGACCAUGGGAGCGGUACCUCCGGGGCACUGGUCCCAGCAGGCGUUCGCUGCCCAGCCGCCACUGGCCUUCGGGGUCCAGUCCCCUCUAGGUCCCGUAGCCCAGGUGCUCCCGGGUGGACAGCCUCUCAUCUGGGGCCAGGCCAACAUCUUCCCCGCCACCCAGCAGCAGUGGGCUGCCAUGGCAGCUGGAGCCUUCCCCCCCACAGCCUACCUCCCUGCUCAGCCUGUGGGCACUCUGCCUGCCGCCAUGUUCCAGACCCUCACCCCCGUCACGACUGUGACUCCAGCCAGCGAGAGCCUUUCAGGUGCUGGAGUCGGUGCCUCGGCUCCGUCUCUGUCAGCGUCGUCGAGUCCGCAGCACGGGGAGAGGUCUAAGAAGAUGGGCAAAGAGCUGUUCAAGGAUUUCCAGCUGGCCAAGCCUCCAGCCAUGCCAUCUAAGAAGGUUGAGCAGCCCAGCCUAACGGCAACCACAGAGGCAUUCAGCACUUACUUCAGCCGCGUGGGCACCGCCCAGGACACGGACGACUGUGACGACUUUGACAUUUCUCAGAUGAAUCUCACGCCGGUCACCUCCACAACGCCGUCCACCAACUCCCCGCCCACACCGGCUCCCCGGCAGAGCUCUCCAUCCAAGUCAUCAGCCUCUCAUGUCAGCGACCCCCCCACGGACGCUACUGACCCCCCCACAGACGACUCGUUUGGAGAAGCCGAGGGGAGUCCAAGUCGCAGCGGAGAGGAAGAUGCUGUGUGUGGUUCUGGGUCGCCCUGCCCCAGUGAGACAACAGAGCCCAGCCCAGAACAGGCCAGUCCAGAAGCUGGGAGCUAGAUAGCAGCAGGGCAGGACUGUUUGGUGGAGUUCUAAGGGGAAGGACCCUCUCUACGCCCGGAUCAACAAGGGGAAGAAAUAAAGAGACGCACAGGAAGACAAACCUGACCAGCACUGAGUGAUCAGGAGGAGAACCCUUUACCUCUGAGUGUGUGUGUGCAUAUCUGGCCAAGCCCUUCCUCUCCCCCCUCCUGCUAACAACCUCCCAGGAGGACCUUCAGUGCUCCCACAGCCCGCCUCCUCCUCUCUGCAGUAUUUCCUCCUCCUAAGAGGAGAGAGCCAUCUGACUACAGGCAGGAGGGGCAUCAAUCACUGAGAUGGAUCCAGCUCUCCCUCUCUGCUGCGCUGUCUCCUCCACUCCUCUCUUCUCCCUUUGGCGACUCACACCCAGCCUUACAGACAGAAGCCACUCCCCUCUCUUCCUGUAUCCCUUCUUCUUUCGCUCUCACACACUUUCCUCUGCCUCCCAUGUCUGGCCAGAGACUCUGCUGCCAAGAAGAGACUGAGUCAAGCAGUGCCUCCCUGUCUCUGACACACACACACACACACACACACACAUGGACAAGCAUGUACUCAUUCUUUUAACAGGCAGAAUCUACACCUGUAGCCAGGAGAUCCCACAGGAGGAGCUAGACUCUUUAACGGGAUGGGCCGUGAUCGGGAUCACUGCUUCGGAUCGGUGGAUUCUGACACUGAUUCUCCACGUGUGAGUGUCUGCUGGAUCGCUAUGCAGAAACAGACUCUCUGGGAGCUGCUCACACACCGACGACAUAAACACACACACACACACACAGACAGGGCGAUGCAAACACGCAGUAAUUAGCCAAGUCUCUCGUCGCAGACACACAGAAGCCAGACAUGGAGAGGAACGGACCCUGAGUGGGGGAGGUGUUGCAAGCUCAGCAGAUCCUGUGAUGGAACUUUUCAUUCUCUAUAGCUUUUGUACAAUAAUGAUAAAAAAGAUCAAACUGAGAAAAAUGAAUUUUUAUUUUAUAAGUCAAUCAAGCCGCUGGGGUCAGCUCUAUAGGGAUUAUAGAGUCAACAUGGCUUUAAGGCAUCUGAUCGUUGGUUUGCCAAACUCAUUUUGUAAAUAAGGAGAACAACAACGUCCAGUCGGCUGGACUUCUGUGCCAUAACAUAGGACGGCUUCAGUUAUGCAAACCCAAGCAAUACCAACAUGUUUCUUUUCUUCUGCUUGCAGCGUUCUUAGCUUCUCCCCUCUGCAUCGCUCUUGUGCAGCUUUAAUCUCAGCCUAACUUACUAACAUCUGCUCCAUCUCUAACCCCCACCCUUCCCCCCGCCGCACAUAACUUUUAUGUCCAACGUAAAUUAGCUUCUGCUGUUUGUGUUAGCCCACCCCCUGUGUGCUACAGCUCUGUGCUUUUAUACCACAUAACAAUCAUUUUUAUGUUGCAGGCAGCAGCCCCCGUCCCCCUCGCUGUCCUCUGUCUCCUCCUGAACUAGAUCUAAAGACACUCCACACAUUCGUCCUCCUAAGUACCAAACCCCCACCGCCCGUCCUCUGCUACGGCUACAUUAACUGUGUUGCCAGUAAGUCCCUAUUUUAUGGCCAGAGUCCUCGCAUCGCUCGACAACUCUUUUGGAGAACAUUGUUGAAUAAAACUUUGACAACAAGGAGACGAGCAAAGAAGCUGAAUAAAAAGGGAGUCAUCGCUGUUUGAGUACAUAACAUUUCUAGACCUAUUUUAACGUUACCUCAGCUAACAGUUUCUUAAUGUAAAUUGAAACAUUAUUUUUAUCUUUAUGAAUACGACAUUCUACAGUGGGUUUUUAGAUGAUUUUAUUUGGUUUUAGUUUUAUUUUGACUUGUGUAUUCCACCAUGUAUUCUUACCUGUUGCAAAUAAAACACCCCCCAAAUGA